UUAGGUUAUGUUUGGUAAAAAAACGGAAGUUACUAGAAAAAAAUGAGGUUAGAUAGGCACCACUUUUGGCGCCAAAUCCUCUACAGUUGUUUGUGUGUGUGAGUGUGCAGUUAACGCUUGUUAAAAAUGUCUCAGAGGCCUGAAGAUGAGUCUCCACAGCCCACCCCCCAGUCCAACGUGUCUUCGCCGCCCCGCGAGUUGGAGCCGUUUGAGGACGAGGGGGUCUUGUUUGGGGACGGGAGCCCCAUGGAGGAGGAGGAAGGGGAGGAGUUGUUUGGGGACAAUAUGGAAAACGAUUACCGCCCCAUGCCGCACCUGGACCGCUACGACGAGCGCAACCUCGACGACGAAGAGUACGAGAUGAUGUCGAUCGGCGACCGCAUGGCGGCGGAGGAGGCGCUCCGGCGCCGCGACCGCGAGAUGGGGAUCAUCCGUCGCGACGACCGCGAAUUGUUUUACGACGAAAGCGACGACGAAGCCGACCCCAGGAGGAAGCGCCGCCUGGCCGAAAAGGCCGCCGCUGGGGAGACGGAAGACGCGGAAAUGAUCGAAUCGAUUGAAAACUUGGAGGACACCAAGGGGCACACCAUCAAAGAGUGGGUGUGCAUGAUAGGGCCCCGCACUGAGAUCGCCAACAGGUUUAAAAACUUCCUGAGGACUUAUAGCAAUAACCGGGGCCAGUUUGUGUUCCAGGAAAAAAUUAGGCGCAUGUGCGAGAGCAAUAAGUCGAGUUUUACCGUCGAAUUUCCAUUUUUGGCCAAUAAGGAGCACGUGCUGGCCUAUUUCCUGCCAGAGGCUCCCUUCCAAAUGUUGGAAAUUUUUGACGAAGUCGCAAAGCAAAUCGUGCUUUCAAAAUAUCCAAGUUACGAAAGGGUGACGAGUGAGAUUCAUGUCAGGAUUUCGGAGUUGCCGCUAAUUGAGGAGCUUAGGACUUUCAGGAAACUUCACGUCAACCAACUGGUUCGUACAAUCGGUGUGGUGACUGCAACCACCGGGGUUUUACCCCAACUUUCCGUCGUUAAAUUCGAUUGUAACAAAUGUGGCUUCGUUUUGGGCCCUUUUGUGCAAAACCAGCACAGUGAGGUCCAACCUGGGGUUUGUCCCGAGUGUCAAAGCACCGGCCCUUUCAUGAUCAACAUGGAACAAACACUUUACCGCAACUACCAAAAAAUCACGCUCCAAGAGUGCCCGGGGCACAUCCCCGCCGGGCGCGUGCCCCGCUCCAAAGACUGCAUCCUCCUGGCCGACCUGUGCGACCUCUGCAAGCCCGGAGACGAAGUCGACGUCACCGGAAUUUACUCAAACAACUACGACGGCGCCUUAAACAUCGACAACGGCUUUCCGGUCUUUUCCACCGUGAUUUUCGCCAACCACCUGGUGGUCAAAGACUGCAAACAGAUCGUCCAGUCGCUGACGGACGACGACGUCAACGCAAUUCGCAAAAUGAGCAAAGAUCACCGAAUCGCCGACCGGAUUAUUGCCUCAAUUGCGCCCUCGAUUUACGGACACGAUUACAUCAAGCGGGCGCUGGCGCUGGCCCUGUUCGGGGGAGAGCCCAAAAAUCCGGGCCAGAAGCACAAAAUCAGAGGCGAUAUUAAUGUCCUGAUUUGUGGGGAUCCCGGAACGGCGAAAUCACAGUUUUUGAAAUAUGUGGAGAAAAUUGCACCAAGGGCUGUUUUUGCCACGGGGCAGGGGGCUAGUGCCGUGGGGCUGACGGCGUAUGUGAGGCGCAAUCCCGCCACCAGGGAGUGGACCCUGGAGGCGGGGGCGCUGGUGCUCGCCGAUCAGGGGGUUUGUCUCAUCGAUGAGUUUGACAAGAUGAACGACCAAGACCGGACCUCAAUCCACGAAGCAAUGGAACAACAAUCAAUUUCCAUCUCAAAAGCCGGCAUUGUAACAAGUCUCCAGGCCCGCUGUUCGGUCAUAGCGGCUGCGAAUCCAAUCGGAGGCCGUUAUGACGCUAGUAUGACUUUUGCCGAAAAUGUGAACCUUUCCGACCCGAUUUUAUCCCGUUUUGACAUAAUGUGCGUGGUGAGAGACGAAAUUGACCCAAUCCAAGACCAACACUUGGCGAAAUUCGUCGUCAACUCGCACAUACGUCACCACCCGUCCAAAAAGGGCCAAACUUUGGAAAUUGAGGACAGUGACAACGACCUAACCAUCCCGCAGGAAAUGCUACGCAAAUACUUGGUCUAUGCACGCGAAAAUGUCCAUCCGAAGCUGCAAAACAUGGACCAGGACAAAAUCGCCAAUAUUUACAGCCAACUGCGACAGGAGUCGUUGGCCACUGGAAGUUUGCCGAUUACGGUGCGCCAUAUUGAGAGCAUAAUUCGCAUGGCGGAGGCGCAUGCGCGCAUGCAUUUGCGCGAAUACGUCCAAGAGGACGAUGUGAACAUUGCCAUUCGUAUGAUGUUGGAAAGUUUCGUCGAGACGCAGAAAUACAGUGUGAUGAAGUCGAUGAGACAGAUUUUCCAGCGAUAUCUUGUCUUUAAGAAGGAUCACAGCGAGUUGUUGUUUUAUAUUUUGAGACAGUUGGCGCAGGAUCAGUUGACAUUUUUGCGAGGGACGGAUGAAUCGCAUGCUCUUGUUAUUGAAAUUGAUGAAAAGGAUUUGAAAGAUAAGGCCAAACAACUCGAUAUUCAUGACUUGAAGCCGUUUUACCAAAGUCGCAUUUUUGAAAAUAAUAACUUCGUUUAUGAUGCUUCAAGGAAGGUUAUUAUUCAUACAGUGCCAGAAGCUGUGACCAUGGAGGAUUAAUUUCUUUUUUUAUAUGAAUGUACCGUUUUUACAUGUAAAAAGCUUUACUUUUAAUACACUUUUUUUACAUA